CGAAAGAAUGCGGGCCUUUCAAAACUGCACGAGCCGCUGUUCAGCCACCCAUUCCUCUGGAAACUUGCCUGGACAUGAGGAGAAAGUUUAGCUGAGGCUGCAAAUAAUUAUUCUCUUGGUGUGUUCUUCGGAAGCCCAGUUUUUAUAAGAAGGAGCUGUCCACCAUCAACAUCACCUAGUUUCUGAAGAGUGCCCAAGCUGUUGUUCCUUCGUCCUCUCUCUCUGGCCUAAAAGAUAUUUUUUUGAUUUCUCCAUUCAUAUCGAAAGUUAGAUUUGUAGAACUGGGGCAGUGUUUCAAGAAUAGUCAUUGGCAUAGGGCAGACAUUCGAGGACGGACAGCCAGCCAUGGAGGAGCAUAACAUUAUGCUGUUCACCGACUCUUACAAGAUCACACACCAUUACCAGUAUCCGCCGAACAUGACUAAAGUGUAUUCGUACUUUGAGUCGCGAGGCGGCGUCUUUCCCGAGAUCCUGUUCUUCGGCUUGCAGUACUACCUCAAGCGCUGGCUUGCCGGCCAGGUAGUAACGGAGCAAAAGAUCAUCCAGGCUCGGGAAAUUCUGAAGCUUCACUUCGGCGCCGAUCAUUUCAACGAGGAAGGUUGGCGAUACAUACUGGAGAAGCACGGAGGACGUUUACCGAUCCGCGUCAAGUCCGUACCGGAGGGAACACUGGUCAACGUAAAGAACGUUCUCUUCACUGUGGAGAACACGGAUCCCAAUGUUGCAUGGCUGCCAAACUAUCUGGAGACGUUGUUUGUUCAAACAUGGUACCCCAUGACGGUAGCCACAAACUCUUUUGCUAUGAAGGUGAUCCUGGCCAGCUAUCUGCAUGAUACGGCGGAAUCAUUGGAUGGUCUGCCAUUCAAGCUCCAUGAUUUCGGCUUCCGCGGUGUUUCCUCGCAUGAGUCUGCUGGUCUGGGUGGCAUGUCGCAUUUGGUGAACUUUGCUGGAACCGACACGUUGUCUGGAUUAGUUGCAGCAAGGACGUACUAUGACUCCAAGAUCGCCGGCUUCAGCAUCCCCGCCGCUGAACACAGCACAAUGACAUCAUGGGGAAAGGACGGCGAGUCGGCUGCAUUCCGCAACAUGCUGGAUCGGUUUCCUGAAGGCAUGGUGGCUGUCGUUAGUGACUCUUACGACAUUUGGAAUGCUUGUGAGAAAAUCUGGGGCGAGGAGCUGAAGGAGCAAGUCAUCAAGCGAGGAGAGAAAGGUGGUGUUCUUGUUAUUCGACCGGACUCCGGUGACCCAGCGACGACGGUUUGCCAAGUCCUCGACAUUCUCGGAAAGAAGUUUGGAUUUGAGAUGAACAGCAAAGGUUUCAAGCAAUUACCGAAGUACCUCAGAGUGAUCCAGGGAGAUGGCAUCAGCUAUGAAACGUUUGAGAAGAUCCUCGCCGCAAUCAAGGCCCACGGCUGGAGCAUGGAGAACCUCGCUUUCGGCAGUGGUGGUGGUCUACUGCAGAGGAUAAACCGUGACACACAGAAAGUUGCCAUGAAGUGCAGCUAUGCAGUGGUGGAUGGCAAAGGUAUGAAUGUGUUCAAGCAGCCGAUCACUGAUCCUGGCAAGACGAGUAAGAAGGGACUGCUCACACUUCAACCAACAGGCGUGGACGGCAAGUUCGAGACUAUCCAAGAGGGAAAAGGCGAUCCCGAGAAGGACGCCAUGGUGCCAGUGUUUGAAAACGGCGACCUUCUGCUCGACUGGAAGUUUGAUGACAUCAAGGCCAAGGCCGAAGCGGCGCUGGCAAGUCGUAUAUUCUCCACGGCCGACCGAAAGCUCGAGUAAUUUUUUUGAGGUUUUAGUAGAUGUUCGUCACGCCAUUCGCUUUUCGUGGCAAUCUUGUGCGCACUGUCUGUGACAGUGCGGUGUAGCAGCCGGGCUGCUGUUGCUGUUGGUGUUGCUGUUGACGGUGUUGAGGAGGCUGUGUGUUUGAUAUUGCCCGUGUCGCUAGAUUUUAUUGUGUCCCGCUGUGCGCGCUGCGUUUACUUUAGCCACCAGUACUUGUGUACCGCCGUGCUGGUCUUGGCGAGAAACAGGAGCCCCAUGUGGCUAGUGUAUAUCCAUAGGUCUGUACCCUUUCCUGGCACUUGUUUCUCUCUCUCUCUCCUUAUUCGGCUCUGUUUUCCGGCUCUCAUCUCUGCUGUGAUGAGACCAAUCCCCUCCCCGGGCCGGGCUCACGCUUUGAGUUUGUUCCCAGCCUUCUAGGUGUAUCUAGGUCGUAGCAUUUGCUUUUCAGAAGAAACCCUUAUUUUUUUAGAUCUCAUAUUCGUUUUUUAGUUGCCCACGGUAGCCGUGCACCUGUGGACGGGUUCACUGCUUCCAGCGCGCGCCCCAGAUAUACCUUGGAAGAAAGGUUUUUUUUUUAAAAUUCUUUCAGCUAUUUUACAGCCUGCUUUUAUUGUCUCGUGUUUGGAAAUGCUCACACUGGAUCUUUGUCAGCGGAUGACGUGACCGGGCAGAGCCUGCUAAUUUGUUGAAACGAUCCACACUCAUGAAACACAUCCUAGGCGGCAGAAGUUCUGACCUUUUUUCUUCCUUCUUCUGGUAUUUUUAUGGCUUGACUUGGCUUUUACACAUUGCAAAUUUUUGGCUGUUAUAUUUCAUGGUAUCUUGUUAUCUGCUUACUGCGUUUACUCUCUGUUCUGCUCGUUUUCUUAGCCGUUAGUAAUGUGUGUGCAUUCUGUUGUAGGCACUGGCUGAAGCUGGCUUCAGCGGUGGCCUGUACCGUGUUCUCUCUAUGCGUUGCUACAUGUACCAGCGACAAGGGUCAUAUUAUUUUUUGUUGUUGAAAAGUUUUGAGACGCGAACUGUAA